CGUAUCAUCGGGUGGCAAGGAAGGCGCUGGAAGCCUCUGACAGCGAGCCAUGCAGGAAGCUGAAAGCCUGAAAGCCCACCUGCAGCGGCGACUGGGGCCGACCCUGUUUGCAAAGCUCGCCGAGAGGGACAUUGAUGCGCUGCACCAAGCGGGGUAUGACGGGGAUACGCUCCGCUUCGCGUCCAGGGAAAGCCUCCUACAACUGAAGCUUUCCCUGCCAGUGGUCGACAUGCUGCUGGCAAAAUGCGGUGCCAGCAGCGACCAGCAGGAGCCCAAGUACAUCCAAGUUCAGCACUGCAUCGUCGAUAAGCUGUCGGAGCACGCCACGGUGUCAGCGUUCAUUAUCAAGGACCAGCAGCAACUGGAGGACCUGCUGAAUCGGCUAAACUCGUCAGGCCUGGUCAAGAUGGCGAACGAGGAAGAGGAGCCGGCGGCGGUCACCGCCCUGCCGGUCAAUGUCAUCGACUUCAAUGACCUGGAGGGGGGCCAGCUCUACCUGGCCCAAGAAGCCAGCAGCAUCUUAUACAGCGCGCGCCGGCAACCGGGCAGCAUGGUCGGGGCGCAGAAGAACGAGAUGACGCAGGCGGUGGAGCGGGACGCGCAGGCCGAGGACCCCAGCUGUGUCGUGCAGCCGGAACUGCGCAAACUGACGGACAGCGGUGGACGCGACGAGAUGGAGGUGGACGGCGUCAUUAUGUGCAACGACAAGGCAUUCGCCUUGUCACACAAGUCCACCUACUCGGGAGGCAGCAUGAUCACGGAGAUUGCCAACAAGGCGAGCACCAUCCAGCGCAAGAGCGCGCUGCCCGAGUACGCUGGCACGCCCUACGAGUGCUUCAAGGGCAAGGAGGUGGUGCCUGUGUUCAUGGCGGAAAACGUGGUGCCGGAGAAGAGCGACAUCGUGCGCAACGCCUGUCGGGUGCAGCGCGUGAGGCUGUACCGACGCACCGGCAACACCAUCGGGCCGUGGGCAUCGAUGAAGCGGCCGGAGCGCAUGGCCGUGGCAGCUCGCGGCACUAUGCGCCGGGUGCUGCCCCGGGCCCCGAUGCAUUCCAUUUUGCGCGUCUGCGGGUGUUGACGCCGUCGAGUACCGUAUGUGCGAUGGAGCCAGGCAGGUUGAGCGGGCUAUUUUCCAUAAGUGCGUGUUGCAUUUCCAGUUCAGGCAUGAGCGAGGAGUUGGUGAUGACUGGCGGCGGACCAGACGGCCACGCACGCAAGAGUGGAUCCUUUCGGUGUUGUGGCCAGGUGGCGAGUUACGGGCGGUCAUUUAUGUCAGCAGUGUGCAGUCCUUAGCCCCGAAGCCUAGCUAAGUGUGUGACUUCGCCUUAGUAUAAGUGGUACGUCGCAGGUGCUGGUGACUAUGUGCGCAUGUGUGUGUUUGAGAUGCCCAUUGAGAUGGGACCUCUGUCUGUAGCGUUUGCCAGCUCAAGCAAGUCUGUCUUGUCUCGAGCUGUUCGCCCUGGUAGUCUGAUCAGCGUUUUCACAGACAUAGAUCCCACUGAGGCCGGUGGCCGCUCGUGUAACAAAGGGAGGUU